UGUGUAGUCAUAUCUGCUUUGUCUGAGCGUCACUUGAGCUAACAGCCCGUCGCUUCUUUUCUACAAACUAGUAAAGAUGUCUGGUUCCGCUAAUCUUGUUGCGAUGAAGAAAAUUGUCCAUCAACUGCGUUUUGAAGCAAGCAUAAACAGAGUGAAGGUGUCCCAGGCAGCUGCAGACCUUCAACAGUUCUGCAUGCAGAAUGCCCUGCAGGACCCCCUUCUCACCGGGGUCUCCUCAAGUACCAACCCUUUCAGACCACAGAAAGUGUGCUCCUUCUUGUGAGUCUGGACCAUAGGACAGAUGGACCACAGCAUUCUUUGGCCUUCGUUUUGAUGCUACAGGGAAAAAGUUGACCUCAACACUGCUCCUCAUUGCCAACGGCAAUCCACUGCCACAGAAUCUCAUGAAGUGUAGAAGAACUUGUCAGAAAUCAUGUCAGGAAGACUUGCCAUCUAUUUUCAGCCAACCACCUUAGAGGAUAUGAUGAGACAGGUUUAUUUUUCAUGGCACAGAGUGGUUUUCAAGUAAAUUAUGGUGCCUUUUCUAUUCUAUUUUAUUCAUCAUUGUUUUUGAAUUUUUGUAUUUAGAAAUUAAAACAUUC